UUCUUUCAUCUCCCUUCCUUCACCUUCUUUACUUCACUUCCCUUCCCUCUCCUCACAUCCUCCUCCAGUUUUUCCUCGAUUAUCUCUCACCUCAUCUCCCGAGUUUUGUUGCCCGCCGCCCCGCGCUGCUCUGCAGUGUUGUGUCUUCGCGCUUUCAUGCUCCGCUUGCCUCAGUUUCCCUUGAAGCCGGUGGUGGUUUCUGGGCUGAGGCUGAUGGGGGGCGGCUCCUUCCCCACUCGGCCGCCUGCUGCCAUCGGGGGGUUUAUGGAGGAUUGCUGAGGGGAGCUCCAUGCCCUUCGUGAUCCAGACCUUAUUUCUAAUUUGGGAAAGGUGUUUUCCUCAGGCGUGGGUGCAUUUGUUAUUCCUGAAUUAGAGGGAAGGUUUAUGUGGAGUCAGGCUCAGGGCAGUGAGGGUUCUGUUUCUCCCAUACUCAUUUAAAUUACAGAUGGAAACAACUCAAUUCUGGGGGUGUUUGAAAUGUGGGGAGAAUUCCAUAAGGUCCUUUGAAAAUCCUGUAGGUUGGGCACCAGUUAGUACUAAAGAGAACUGCCUUUGGAUGUUCAUAUUUCAUAGGAAUACAGAAAAAAACGUUCUAAUUAUUGCAUCCUCAGGGGAGGCCUGUGCUGCUGUGAAAAUCUGAUACUGGGGAUGAUUAGAGGAGCCAUCCUGCUCAGUUUCGUGGAAAACCCAGGAACAGGAGUCUCUGCAGAAUGGCAACUGCUCAGAAGCAAAGGAGUGCUGUGAGUGCAGUUGUAUUUCCCAAGAAAAUAGCCACGGAGCAGCAGUCCCUGAUGCUGGUGAAGAGGCUGCUGGCAGUGGCAGUGUCCUGCAUCACAUACCUCAGGGGAAUCUUCCCUGAAAGUGCCUAUGGAACCAGAUACAUGGAUGAUGUUUGUGUCAAAAUUCUGCGGGAAGACAAAAACUGUCCUGGCUCUACCCAGCUGGUGAAAUGGAUGUUAGGAUGCUAUGAUGCCUUGCAGAAGAAAUACCUGAGGCAGAUUGUGCUAGCAGUCUAUACCCAGACAGAAGAUCCUCAGACAGUCACAGAGUGUUACCACUUCAAGUUCAAGUACACCCACAAUGGGCCACUCCUGGAUUUUGGCAGCAAGGACAAGAGGUCAGAGUGCCCCAUCAGCUGUGCAGACACCAAGAAGGCCAGCAUCCUCCUGAUCCGCAAGAUCUACAUCCUGAUGCAGAACCUGAGCCCCCUGCCCAACGACGUCUGCCUCACCAUGAAACUCCUCUACUAUGAUGAGGUGACACCCCCUGAUUACCAGCCUCCAGGGUUCAAGGAGGCCAGUGACGAGGGGCUGCUGUUCAAGGAGGAGCCCAUGUACCUGAACGUGGGGGAAGUGCCAACUCCUUUUCACCUGCUGAAACUGAAAAUCACCACUGAGAAACAGCGCAUGGAGAGUGCUGAUCAGAGCAUCCUAAAGCAGGGGGAGACUGCUGAGCCUCUGCAGGAGGAUCCUGUCCUGGAGACUGAGGUGGAAGAUAGGAAUCAUGGCAAUAUUUCAGAAGCUCAAGAAAAGAAUUCAGCUCGUGAAGAGGAAGCUGGAGGGAUCCAGACUCCCUCCCAUGUUUCUCAUCCUCAGGUGGAUCAUUUGACCCGUAAAACAUCUGAGCUGAUCGUGUCAGAGAGCAGGACAAGAAGUGGAAAGAUAUUCCAAAGCUGCAUUGUGCACCAGGCUGAGCUCUCCUCCAGCCAGGACGUGCUGCCCAAGAGGAGGAAGCUCAGCGAGCCCAAGGAUCAGUUUUAGUUGCCCAAAGGAUGAAGCUCAGCAAGGCCAAGGAGCAGUUUUAGUUGCCCAAGGGAUGAAGCUCAGCAAGGCCAAGGAGCAGUUUUAGUUGCCCAAGGAGCAGUUUUAGUUACCCAAAGGAUGAAGCUCAGCAAGCCCAAGGGGCAGUUUUAGUUGCCCAAGGGGCAGUUUUAGUUGCCCAAGGGGCAGUUUUAGUUGCCCAAGGAGCAGUUUUAGUUGCCCAGGGAGCAGUUUUAGUUGCCCAGGGAGCAGUUUUAGUUGCCCAAGGAGCAGUUUUAGUUGCCCAGGGAGCAGUUUUACUUGCCCAAGGAGCAGUUUUAGUUGCCCAAAGGAUGAAGCUCAGCAAGGCCAAGGAGCAGUUUUAGUUGCCCAGGGAGCAGUUUUAGUUGCCCAUCUCCUGCUGUCCCAAGUUCCUCACUCCUGUUUGGUUGUUCCACUGUUGGGUUUAAGGAUCUGUUCUGCUCCAUUAGCGCUUCCAUGGGAUGUGUUUGAAGGAAGGAAGAUGUCAGGAAGGCCCAGCUGAAGAAUUCCCAACUUAUUUUGUACAGGACCAGAAAUCCUUGGAUUUUUGGGGGUUUGUGGGUUGGCUCCAGCUCCUGAUGGUGAUGGAGGGAAUUCAUCCCCCAGCACAAGGUUUCACCAGUGCCUCUGGGCUUUGGUUCUGAGCUGAGGACCUGCCUGCCCCAAAACCUCUCCAGUUUUGGGGUGAUUUCCAGAGCUUUCCAGAGGGCUGGGCUGUCAGUUACAGGCUGUUACAGUUUUAGGAGUUACAGUUUUUGCUUUUCCUACUGGAGUUGGAUGCUUUACAUUUCUUCCAGACCAGAAGUACCAUCCUUAGGUGAAGAACAAACCCCCUUCAUGCCUUGAAUUCCAGGCUCCCUGCCAGAACGCAGGAAUUUCGGUAUCCGUGGCUCUUCAGCUCCGUUCUGAGGAGCACCGGGGGAGCUCAGAACGAUUUAUGGCCGGGGCGGGCACGGUACCGAGCCCUCCUGCACCCCCGAACCGUUCGUUGUAGGGGAACGGGAGGGAAGCCUGCAACGGGGGGACAGCUUGAACGUUCCUUGGCGGUUUUGACUUUUAAAUUAACAAUGUCCGUUCCUCAUCGGUCCUUUAUUAAAGGGCGUUCAGCUUUGA